GGAAACCAGAAGUAUGACAUAAGCGCAUUAAGCUUAUCGAUAAGCCCUCUCCGAAGUCACAAUGCAGGUUGUUUGAGCUUUUCCUAUCAUUGCGACCGUGCGUGCCUUGCAACCCCAUCUGGGUCCCAUCCUGCGACUACGACCUCCGCACCAACCUCCGAUCCGUUAGCGGUUACCCAUUGUCCAGUCCAAGCUCCUACGCUUUGACAAAAACCCUGCCAUUAAUCAAUUUCAAGAGGCUACGCAAUAUUCUCUUUCGAACGUUUCCCAUCCUUGGCGACCAACUUCACUAGGGUGGGUUGAUCGCGAUGGCACCGAGUGCGCCCCAGCUCCCAGUCAAGUUUCCGUGUUGGUGUCGAGCGGUUUAUUCGUGGGGAGGUGAAACAACGCGAGAUCUUGGCUUUGUGGAAGGCGAUUUAAUUGAAUGCUUGAAUGCUGGAGACGGACAAUGGUGGAUGGGACGUUUGCGCCGCGAUAGGCGCGCUGUUGGGCUAUUUCCCUCCAACUUUGUUGAACUCAUGAGCGAGGACUUUGUUCCCAUCAGUCGCGAUACGAGUCCAAUGGUGUUGGCCGGAUCCUCGCCUAUCAACAACCCGACCUCGGCCCCCAAAAAGACUAAGACGGUCUUUCGCAAGCCUUUUCAGGCGCACAAGGAGGGCUUAUCUCCAUCAUCUCAGAUGGCGCGGAGUGGAUCUCAUACUCCCGUGAAGAGCUCAAUUCCGCAAACACCACCUCGAGCUGGCAGUAUACCGAAAAAGGUCAAGCCUUUACGGACACAUGCAUCUGCAGUCAAAAACCAGGGAUCCGUAUCUCGCCCUUCAUCAGUGUCCUCUCGCCCCUCGUCGCGGGGAAUUUCAGUGUCUCCUCGUACAUCUAUGGAGCCGGAGAGGCCGUCUACUAUGGUGCCCCGCGGCAGCGUCUCAUCUUCGCGCCCGUCCUCGCGCGAAGUUUCACCCAUGCCACGCGAAGUCUCCCCAAUGCAACCUCCGCCGAUGCAUCGCGCCGUUUCUCCGAUGCCUCAUCGAGCCGUCUCUCCUAUGCCUCAACGCGCUGUCUCUCCUAUGCCUCAACGCGCUGUCUCUCCUAUGCCUCAAUGCGCUGUCUCCCCAAUGUAUCAUCCAGCCUCCCCCAUGCAUCAUCAUUACCAUGAUCAUCGCGAAGUGUCACCCAUGGCGCGUGAAGUAUCACCACUACAAUUUCAAGAGCGUGAAGAAUCUCCUCCGCCGCCGCCACCACCUCCACAUCGAGUCGCUCUCAAUCGCGCUCCAUCACAUUCCCCUCAGCCGCCUCAGCACGAUCAAUACCAUCAGCGUUCUCGCUCUCCUCUACUACCUCAACCAUCUCGAUCUCCCCAGCCCCCCAUGCACCAUCAGCAGCACCAAUCGCGCUCUCCACAGCCUCACGCCCAUGCUCCACGCGCGUCACGCUCUCCAGCGCCUCUGAAUAUGAACGAUCGCUAUGUGAUAUUCGCACGAACACCAUCUCCCGGGGCAGCCUCCACACACUCCGCCCACUCCGCAGUCUCAGCUCAAUCAGACAUGAAUGGGAACACGCCCUCUCCAUUGAGAGAUGCUAUGGAAGAUGUAAUGACAUCAUUAGAAGACAUGGGCCUCCCUCGCGAACCGCCCUCGCCAUCCCCACAACAAGCCCCAUCGCCUUCACCUCUACCUCCUUCUUUCAACAACCCUUGGUCUGCAGAUGAAUAUAACGAAAUAAAUGAUCGAACACCACCCGCAACUCGCAGACGGCCUCUCACAUCACUCGGCUUCGAUGGGCAAAGGGAGCAAAUGCGCGGUAAUUCCGUACAGCGAAACAGCGUCUAUUCACACGAUCAUUAUAUUGACGGUCCGCCUCAACUGAACAACUAUGUACAGCGGAUGGAGAGCCGCCUGCGCCAAUUAGAGGACCAGAACCGACCGCCCGAGGAUGAGGCAGGUGGGCCAGAUGACGAUCAGCCCCCACCACCGCCUCCGAAGCAUGCAAGCUAUCAUCCCCGACACAAUUCAAUUGCAGGCCAGUAUGCCCAAGUACGAUCUGGGCAAGACCAUAGGGGAGAUAUACUCAACAGGUCGCACACCAACAAGUCAAGCGCCACUACUUCCAGCGGCGUGCAAAGCAUUGGGACCAGCAUGACUAGCAGUACGGAUAAGACAAACCAAAGCUUGAUGAGUGGUAUUUCUGCAGGUGGUUUCAGCGCAACCAGUGCCGGUAGCUAUGCUAGACGGAAUGGCGCCUAUCAGCGGCCAAACACAGCUAUGGAUACCGUCCGAUCACGGGGCUUCAGUGAUGCUGGGAAUCCAGACCGGCCGGAGACACCGUUGACUGGGAUUUCCUACCACUCCAGUCACAACACAUCUCGCCAGGGGGCCUCCUCUGCUAUUCCUUGGUCCUCUACAGACAAUGAUGCAGGGGAUUCUGGUGGAGUUUUCGGUGGUCUAUCGACGCCCAAGACUAAGAAGCAAGGCUUCUUCAAGAAGAUCUUCGAGUCCGCCAAGACGGGUGCUGCGAGCGCGAGAAGCAGCAUUUCCGUUGGCCAUGGCGCUGGCUCCCAGUCUCCGACCAAGGGAAAUAGGAUGAUUGACGUGGUGUCACCACUCCUCACCCCCAACUCUUCGCGCGACACCGCACGGGACAUGGGAUUAAGUGCUAGCUCCAUUGACUGGGUGCAAGUCCGUCGAGAUGUCAAUCGGGCAUCCUCACCAAGUCGAAAUGAGCGGAUCGAAAGGGCUGAGCGGUGCCAGAUGAUGGAUUAUCCAGUCAUCUAUGCUAUUGAGGAACUGUACGACACUGCAGAAGGUGACGAAAGUAUCGACGGCUUACCGAUCAGCGAACCCACGAAUUUCAACGCUGGAAAUCUGACUCUGGUCGACAAGAGUGCGCGGUUUAUUAAUAGCAUUCCGCCACUCACGAACCCCGUGAGCCUUGCUCAGGGUUACAUUUGCCGGCCAUAUAAAAGUGACGUUCAGCGUCUGCGGGCCAUCUUCACCUGGGUCAGUGAGAAGAUUGCAUGGGAGGAGCCUGUUGACGGCCUCGAUGUCGAUAUGAAGAGAGUGCUACAGGCGAAGCGAGGGAGCCCUCAGGAGAUCGCCUAUUUGGUGCACGAAAUGUGUGCAGCCGUCGGUCUGCAUGCUGAGACAAUCCGCGGCUUCCUCAAGAAUCCCGGUGACUCCCUUGAUCUCGACAGUCUUUCUCGUCCGAAUCACUGGUGGAAUGCGGUCCUAGUUGAUGGCGAGUGGCGUAUCAUGGAUUGUGCGCUGGCGAACCCUACAAACCCCCAGCGAAGCAGGUUCGUCACCAACAACAUGUCGGUGGCUGAAACUUGGUACUUCCUCACGCGGCCUCUUGACAUCUGCUUUACUCAUGUCCCACUUUACCCUGAAGAGCAGCACAUAUGUCCUCCCGUCUCUCCAGAUGUCUUGUUAGCUCUGCCGGGAGUAUGUCCGCAGUUCUUCAAGCUUGGUGCACAAGUCCCAGACUACGAUACUAGCUUGAUGCGCGUCGAGGGCUUAGAGUGUGUCCAGAUUCGGUUGGUGGUGCCUCCCGACGUCGAAUGCGCCGCAGAGGUUGAAGCCCCGGCGUUCGCUUGUGAUGCAGAUGGAGACUAUUUCGAGAGCGGCGACAUUGUCCGCAAGCGCGCCCUAGUCCAGCCAGACUGGUUCAAUGGCCAGAAGCGGAUUACCGUCAAGGCUGUCCUGCCAGGAGAUGAAGGACAGGGUGUCUUGAAGAUUUACGCCGGCAAGAAGGGCCUCAUGCACUCUAGCCGCGACAUCCCUCAUCCAAUGGCGCUCGCUCUGCCAAUGGUACACACUGGAGAGAACCCACCAUACGACUUUGUUUUGCGUCAUCCCACGCCCCACGCUCAGCGCCAUGAUUUGUACAUCAUGCAGCCCCAGUGCGCCCGUCUAGCAGUGAACAAUACCUUUGUCUUCGCCGUGCGACAGCACCCUUCUUCGCCUCAAGCACCGGCCAAGGAUGACCAUGCCGGUACGGGACGAGCCUCACCAUCGGUUUUCAACCGUCCAUCCAGUGCUCUUAGUAUGGUAUCUAGCACUGCUGGUGCAUCCACGAUCUCGAGCAAUUCCAACGAGUUCUCCGCUUCGACGUCUGCCAUCUCCUCGACCAGAUCUGCGUCCGGACGCGAAAAGCCGGCCAAACUCGCCAUCCAAGCGCCAUCUGGCAAGAUCCUGCGUCUUACCCGCAAAGCGGAUCAUAUGAUUAGCUCGCCGGAUCCUAAUGGCUGCUCCGUGACGGAUGCUCCUGCCGAGGGCAGCGUAUGGGAGACGGUCAUCAAGAUCGGCGAGCGAGGUACCUGGCGUGGCCUGGUCCUUGCUGACCGAGUUGCACGAUGGUGUGUGUUUUGCGAAUGGGAAUGUGUUUAAAUCCCUUUUUAGAAGUCGAAAUAUCGGCAUUUACGUGACAGAUACUGCGUGUUCUGUACUUGGUCUUUCUUUUUGAUUUGCGGUUUUUGCAUAUCUCAUGCUUUCCUGGGCGGUUUCCUGUUGUUCGACUUUGGCGCCAGCGAUGCAAGCCGUGAUUUUACCAUGACUUUUCUUUCCCUCCCAUACUUGGCAUUUGCAUCCGGUCGGUUUGGAGCAUUGCAUAUAUCUGCAUUACAGUGUUUCCUUUUUGCCAUCAGACAUAGUCCUUUCUAUCUGUCGGUGUUUGGUGUAGGUGUUAAUAGGAUCAUUGAGGAAUACAUAUGAUGUUCCAAGAUGUUUCAUUUCAUCAUGUAGCUUCGUAGAUUUUGACUCGGUCAACAAAGUGUUAUGUAGCUUAUAGUUUGGCAACUGCAUCCCGCAGCAUUGGCGCCACUUGUUUCCUGCUCGCGGUGGCAUUUGUCUGCACCCACAAGUGCCUCCAGACCUCGGAGGUCCCAUUCAGCGAAGCCCGGAUAUCGGCAUCGACCAAAUCCACGGACUCUCCAUCCAAUGACGUCCAUUCGACCAGGCCAAGUGAGCUCGACUCUUCAAUAAACUUCUUGAUACCGUCCACUGUUAGACCGCUUUCCUGUGUCGCACAAAUGAACAGCUCUCGAGUAUGUUGCUCCUCGGCCGAGGUGAAAGAGGUCAUGACGACCACCAUGUCCAACUCUUUAUCCUCCAUCUGCGCAAAUCGGCGAACGGUAGCCAGGAAUUCUUGCGAACCACCUGCUUUUUCGAUAAUCCACCGAAUAGGCUUGACCGAUGAGCAAAAGCCGAGCUUGACAGUCUGCCCGGAGGACCGAGCCGUCUCGAUCCAAUCCUUGAAGUCACGAUCCAGAAUCUCUUCCGGGGUCAACAAGUUCAGGCUGUUCUUCUUCGCGUCCUGGAUCCGUUCAUAAAAGGAGUCCAUGUUCCAUUCGACGGCCGACUCGCUCGUUGCUCCGCAGACCAAUUCGCGCAGAAAUUCGAGGGACUGGAUAUCCACAUCCUUGACCUUUCCUUUCGCGGUGAGAUUAGAUGUAUCGAUCAGAAUCGGCGCCAGUGCGAGCUUCGCGACCUGCGCGAUUUGUGCCGUGGACGACGCGUCCUGACUGGCGGUCCAGAGCCCGCGUUUCUGGAGCUCGCUGGUGAUCAAGGACGAGCAUGACCCGGGACCGGGCUGGAUUACCAAUGGCUGCUCGGACGGAAGGUCCUCCGAUCCAGGUACGAAGUGCUCAUCGGCGUGGUGAUCGAUACACCCCACCGUGCAGAAGGUGACUUCCUCCAACCCGCUCACGGAGCCAUAGCCCGGUUUCCCUUCAACACGGUGCUGCAUGGCAUUCCAAUCGACCAUGACCGCAUCUGCCUCUAUUUUCUUCGUGGUAGGGAGCUCCUUCAGACUCCGUGCAAAGUCCGCAACCGUGACCAGAUGCUCGCCGAGCAGUUUCCCCGCAGACUGGGAGUUGUUAUCGAAUUGCUCCUCGGGCCGAAGAGGGGGGCAGCCGGUGGAAAGCCAUAACGCCUCGACAAAUUCCGGUCUCAGUCGGUACAGCUCCGGACCUGCGGGUACAUUGGAGAGGUUGAGGAGGGGGAUAUGGGGUCGCGGGGUGGUGGGAGGCACACGGUUGUUGGCGCAGUACGAGUACACAAUGGCGGAGAUGAUGGAGUCCAGGUCGGCGGAGGGAUUACCGAGCACGUAGAUGGGGGGCUCGGGUAAGGCACCAGCCAGGAACUGGAGGUGUAGCUGGCGCGCCUGGCGGAGGAAUUGGAGGAGCGUCAUGGCGAUUGGCUUGGGCUGAGCACAAGGAAAGACGUGGUUUGGGCGGGUGAGGCGCAAAUCGCCUUUCUCCAGUUGGCUGCGACGUCACCGCGGGGUGCCGGUGCACAAGCUAAACUACCAUUACGCCCAGCACGUUCUGAUAUAGACGGUAGUAGGACAAUUUGUUAUUCAUAAGAAAUCGUAGGAACUUGGUAAUGGAAUCAAAUGAUUGAGUUUGAGCUUAAAGACGCCGACCGAGUCCGCCUAGUCCGAACGGG